AUGUCCCCCAUCUCCGUCCUCAUCGUCCGACUGGCGGCCCUAGCUGGUACCAGGCUCGUCUCCGCCGUGUCGCCCCUCCGCGCCUGCCUGACCCCCGCCGUCAGCAAAGUCGCCUUCGAAGGCGACCCCUUCUACCACCUGACGCACAUCAAGCGCUACAACCUCGACAUCGACGUGACCCCCGCCGCGGUAGCAUACCCACAAACCGCGGAGGAAGUCUCGGCCGUCGUGCGCUGCGCCACCCAAACCGGCUACCACGUCCAGCCCGUCAGCGGCGGCCACAGCUACGCCAACCACGGCUACGGCGGCGUCAGCGGCGCCGUCGUCGUCCGCCUAGACCACCUGCAGCACUUCUCCAUGAACAGCACCACCUGGGAAGCCACCAUCGGCGCCGGCACGCUCCUCGGCGACGUGACGCAGCGCCUCGCGGACGCCGGCAACCGCGCCGUCGCGCACGGCACCUGUCCGCAGGUCGGCAGCGGCGGGCACUUCACGAUCGGCGGGCUGGGCCCGACGUCGCGGCUGUUCGGGACCGCGCUGGACCACGUCGUCGCUGUGGAAGCCGUGCUGGCGGACGGGCGGAUCGUGCGGGCGUCGGAGAGUGAAAAUGAAGAUGUGUUUUUUGCCGUCAGGGGCGCCGCGGCCGGGUUUGCCAUCGUGACGGAGUUUACGGUGCGCACGGAGCCUGCGCCGGGAACCGCGGUCGAGUACUCGUACGCGUUUGACUUUGCGGAUACGGCGCAGCGCGCGGCACUGUUUAGGAAGUGGCAGGCGUAUGUAGCGCGGCCCGGCCUCACGCGCAAGCUGGCGUCGACGUUGGUGCUCCUGGAGCGGGGGAUGCUGAUUACGGGGACGUUCUUUGGCACGCAGGCGGAGUAUGAGGAGUUGCGCAUUGGGGAGGAGUUUCCCGGUGCGACGAGGCAGAGUGAGGUCGUGUUCACGGACUGGCUGGGGCUGGUUGCGAGCUGGGGCGAGGAUGUCGCGUUGCAGCUGGGUGUCGCGGGCGUUUACGGCGGAGAGUCUGCUGUCCGACGAGGAGGUCGAGGCAAUGUUUGA